UUUCUCAUCGUUCCUCAUUCCACGCUUUACAUUGGAAACUUACAUUCGUUUAAUCACUUUCGUUAAUUACAGAACCACGCCCACGUGACUCGACGAUCAUGCGGUGCUCCCUCGUGCUGCCGGCCCUAUUAGGCGCCACCGCCAUUUCCGGCGCCGUCAUCGAAAAGCUCGUCAAGGCCCUCCCUCUAGCACAGUUCGGCAGCUUCCAGACGAUAUCAUUAGAGCAAGCCAAGAAGGGCGAGGACUUGCCCAACGGAUUCAACACCACCACCGUUCCCGGUAACGAAGUAGCAUUCAAAACCGCUGCCCUCUCUACUGCCGGCAGCGUUGCGGCGACAUGCACAAACCCAAACGUUCGUUACGAGUGGCGCCAGUACUCAGCAUCGGACCGGGCAGCAUUUGUCGACGCUAUCGCUUGCCUGAUAAGCAAACCGCCGUCGGGGAAAUGGGCACCCGCCAAGAAUAGAUACGAGGAUCUGGUCCGUGUCCACCAGUUGUACAUGCCGAACAUCCACGGCAAUGAUAAGUUUCUGUUAUGGCACCGUUAUUUCAUUUGGACAUUUGAGCAGAUCCUGCGUGCGGAGUGUGGAUUCAACCGUGCGUUCCCGUGGUGGGAUGAGACACUCGAUGCUGGCAAAUUUGCCGCCUCCACCAUCUUCACCUCGGCCUACUUCGGGAGUUUACCAGCCAAGGGCACAAACGGACAGGGUGCUUGCGUUACCACUGGUAAAUUCACUGGAACUCUUCACCUUGGUCCCGGUAGCGACAACGUGGACCACUGUCUUUCUCGGGCCGUUGACGAAUCCCUGACUGCUCAGUGCAACCAGGGCUUCGUCGAUACGUGCAACUCGCGAACCAACUUCCAUGACAUGGCGAGCUGUGCAGAGCUUGGUCCCCACGCCUACGGCCACAAUGGUAUCGGAUCGGUUAUGUCGGAUGUCUCAGCUUCGCCCGGUGACCCCGUAUUUUUCCUUCAUCAUUUGUUUAUCGACCGCAACUUCCGCAUAUGGCAGAACGCCGAUGCGUCUCGCAAGACUAGCAUCAGUGGAUGUGCGGACGCUAAGAGUCCCUGUACACCAUUGACCCUCGACACGAUGGUUUAUGUUGGAGGCUUGAGGCCAGACGUUCGUGUGCGAGAUAUUCUUGACACUAUGAAUGGAGUCAUGUGCUACCGUUACACAUACUAGUUGGAUAGCACACUGUAUAAAUAGGGAGUUGCAUCCUUGGGUCUGGAUUUGUGUCUACUUAGGAUGAGGAGACAGGCCCCAUUGAUGUUGCAGGGACUCACGAAGAUGAGCACCGCCUUAAAAUAAUGUCAAAUUUGCACGCUUGCUCUGCGCGCAUCUUUCCCUUCCCACCACGCAACCAUGCAUUUUCAUCGUUUAGUCCAACUAUUCAUUGUGCUUAGCGCAGCCUGAUGCUCGGACCGAUCGCCUCUUC